AUGGACCAACCUGAGCUUCAAUAUUCAUUGCCACACGAACUGGAGGAACAGAUACUCCAAUAUCUCAGUCAUGAUAUUCCAUCACUCAAAGCAACCUCCCUGGCUUGCCACCGCUUCGCCUACACAUCCCGAAAGUACUUGUUCAACACAGUUGUGCUCACCUUUUCUUCCCAUGGAGUCAUACAAACUUCCCCAAGACGGUUUAUGGAAAUUCUCAUAUCUUCACCCUACAUAGGCGACUUUGUGCAAAAUCUGUCAAUUGUUGAUGACCGAUACAAGAUCGGAGGAUAUACCCAUCUUCGCUUUGAUACCAUUCUUCCCACAUGUCUACCUUUACUGAAAGGUCUACGAGCCAUUGCCGUGCAAAGCAACUCACUGACCUCGCUUGGAUGGGACGCAAUGUCCACAGAUGUUCAGAAUGCACUAGAGGAUGCCUUCCAAGCUCCUACUUUAGUCAGCCUAUCUUUUUACCGCAUCCUUGACGUUCCUCUGCGUUUGCUCUCCAUGCCGCCCUCUCUAAAAAACCUAUCCCUCAGACUAGUCACAUUCAAAAAGGCCACAGGUCUGAAUGGCAGUCGGGAUGUCGGUAAAUUACCUCGUCUUACAUCUCUCUUGCUGAUGCUCUCCGACUCGACCUUCAACCUUUUCUCUCAAUGGAUCGCGAGCCAAGAAUCAUCUCUGGAUAUUUCAGACGUUCGGAAAUUGUCGGUCACAAUGACGAUGGAGUACUAUGACCACGGGAAUGUUCGUAUGCUGCUGGAUGCUACUGCCUCCUCUCUGGAAAUCUUCUGUUUUAGUCCCGUAUUUGGAGGUUUUUAUCUCCUUGGCUUGUUACCUUUGCUUCUGCUUACAUCACAUCGUCUAGGGCCGUCAAAUAUAGUUGAUAUAAAUCCCAUCCAGGUUGACAAUCUCCGCAAUUUGAGAGUUUUGCGCCUCCGUCUAGGAAUGAUGCAAGUGCUAUUAAACCGUCAUCCCCCAAACUUUUCCUCUUGGGUUCUGAGAAUCAUAUCUCAAUUAAACUCAGAAAAUCUAUAUGAAAUUUCUCUGAAGCUCGACUUUGCGCGUCAAUUACAAGAAGGACGACUUGUGUUUGACACCUCGGGUUGGUCCACUUUGGAUUCCGAGAUAACAAAAUCCUGUCCCUAUUUACGCAAAUUCAGGGUGUAUGUUCUUGACGAAGACGGCAGUGGUGACGAAGUGAGGUCGUCUUUACAAAGUCAGUUGGUGAGCCUUGUGGCUCGUGGGAUUUUGAGCAUUGAACGCGGAUGGGAUUCCUCGUAUCGGAAUCACCCUUCAUAUCUCCUGCAAGUCAUAUAA